AUGGCCGACACAGUAGUAACCAACAACGGACCCGACGCGCUGGACGAGACCCUCACGCGACUCUCCAAGAAGCCCGGCGUCAAGGCCACUGUCAUUCUCGAUCGAGUCACGGGCGCGAUCCUGCGGACAAGCGGCCAGCUCUCCUCUUUCAACGCGGCAACUUUGGCAACAGGGCAGGGUUCGUUCUCUGGCGAGGGCGCCGCCGGACAGCAACAAAACGGUGAAGAACAACCGCAGGGCCUGGAGGAUUUUGCUGCCAAGGUUUGGAACUGGGUUAAUGCAUCGGGUACUCUAGUGCUGGACCUGGACACCGAGGACGAGUUGAAGCUGCUGAGGCUACGGACAAAGAAACAGGAGCUGGUCAUCGUACCUGAUCCGAAAUAUCUCCUUAUCGUGGUACACGACACACCGCCGGCCUGA